AUGACAAGCCGCGGUGAAAGCGAGGCGUCUGUUGAAGAUCGGGCCUCACCAGUGUCUCUGCCGGGCUGUCGCAGCCCUCGCAGCUCUCCGGGCACUGCUGAGAGGGCCAGCGCAUCGCGCACCGCGUGGGGCCGGCUGAUUGGCCUCUGGCCGACUGGCGACGGCCUGCUCUGCAGCUGUCUGCAGGCUGCAGCUCUGGUGAUGCCUGCGGACUGA